GAGUCGUGGACUCGACACACGCCCGCCGACCCCAAGGCUUAGCACGUUCUUCUUGCUGCCGGCCUCGCUCCUCUCGGCAAAGCCCGGCCGAAUGUAUUAGAAACACUGUCCGCCGGGAUCCACAUCUCUGUCAGCAAGAAUUUAUAAGUGUGUGUGUGUGUCAGUGCCGAGGGCCGAAAAGGGCCUGGGACUAAUAUUCGUUUUGACAAGAGCCGCAAAAUAAGGUACUUUUUGUUGGUGCGCGGCUGAAAUUGGUCUUUGGGCAGCGGAAUAAGGAAGAUAAAACUACGAGCCAAGAUUACUCGUGUUUCUGCAGAGGAAUGAAAAAUUAUUGGUGAUUUUGGUGCAAAAAAUGAAAUGAAUUUGGCGUGAUUUUUGGCCAGAAGUGGCCAAGACUGCAGGACAGAGGACCAAUCGUGGACCAUGCUUUCGGCGCUGGUGCUCCUCAUUUUGUACUUGAAUCUACCCUUUUCUACUCAACUCGACCUUUCUCAAUGUGGCCAUGCGUUGGGCAUGGAAGAUGGUCGCAUCCCAGACGCUGACAUAUCAGCCAGUACAGCCUACGACUCAGGCAGUGUCGGCCCUCAACAUGGAAGACUGCGACUCGACAAAAACGGCGGCGCCUGGUGUCCGCGGAACCAAAUCAAGCGGGACUCGAAUGAGUAUCUGCAAGUGGAGCUGCACAGGCCACACGUGGUGACGGCGACCAGGACUCAGGGUCGCUUCGGCAACGGUCAGGGUCAAGAGUAUGCCGAAGAGUUCGUUUUGGAGUACUGGCGGCCUGGCAUGAAUUCGUGGCGUAGGUGGCGGAAUCACAACAGGAAAGAGAAUUUGCCUGGCAAUACAAAUACAUACACGGUGGUCGAGCAGACUCUUGAGCCGCCGAUCUUGGCCACCAGACUGAGAUUUGUGCCUCAGAGUGUCCACGUGCGGACUGUUUGCAUGCGUAUUGAAAUCGUAGGCUGCCUUUGGACAGAGGGGCUUGUGAGCUACUCGAUGCCGCAGGGAGAGCAAAGGGGGUCCGAGGUUGACUUGAGCGACCGGAGCUACGACGGAAAGGACGAGGGCAGCUACCUGAUAGGGGGGCUGGGUCAGCUGGUGGACGGUCAGGUUGGCGCGGAUAACUUUCGUCUUGACACCAACGGACACGGUAAAGGCUACGAGUGGGUCGGCUGGAAAAACGAGAGCGGUGCCCGACCAGUGGAAAUUGUGUUCGAGUUCGACCGGGUGCGAAACUUCUCGGCCAUUCACCUGCACGCAAACAACCUGUUCACCAAGGAUGUGCAGGUUUUUUCGCAAGCGCGAGUCUUUUUCAGCGUCGGCGGGCGUCACUACAGCGGGGAGCCGGUCCACUUUUCUUACGUGCCAGACUUAAUGAUUGAAAGAGCGAGAAACGUGACCGUCAAACUGCAUGGUCGCAUCGGCCGCUAUGUCAAAUUGCAACUUUGGUUUGCGGCGAAAUGGAUCAUGAUCAGCGAGGUGUCUUUUGACUCAGUACCAAUGACUUCAAAUAUCACUGAGGAGGAUUCGCAAGAUUUGGGAACUGUGCCCGCAAGUGAAUAUCCACUGCAAAGGGAUGAAGUCCAUCAUGAACAUCGAGAAAUCGUUGAUGAAGGAAACCAAACACAAGAAUCUGGGAGCUACAUUGGGCCGGUCAUUGGAACUCUUGGGGCAGUAAUUUUAGUUUUGGUUGCUGCGAUUUUCUUCAUUGUCCUCAGACACCGCCGAGGCAAAAAUGGAACAUCUACUGUCUUACCGAAAUUUGGAGACAAAAGAACAAAAGAAUUGGACAAAACUAGUGGUGGAAUGUACCAUGAACCUUACCACGUUGGGAUGUACAACAAUGGCCGGUACAGCGCGGUCAAAGGAGAGGUCAGCAGCCCUGAUUAUGCUGAUGUGCAGAGCUGUGAGUAUGCUGUGCCGGGGUCGCAUCAUCUGGGUGCGGCGCAGCCCCUGGAGACGCCGCCACCCCCGUUUGCCACGGCCAGGCGGCCCUACUCAUUCCUGCCGGGCCCUCCGCCGGGCCCUCCACCUCCAACUGAGCAGUUCUACGCCGCCACGGAAAUAGUUCAAGGUGUAAAUAAUAUGCACUCGCCACCCCCUAACAUGGGGAUGCAGUUGAGCUGUCCGCCGCCUGUGCCGGACACAGCCAGCGAGGCGGAAGAGGAGGAAUACGAACCUUCCUCGCCACUGUUGCUGGACUUUCCCAGGGACAAACUAAGGGUGCUGGAGGACCUGGGUCAAGGUCGUUUUGGCCAGGUGCACCUUUGUGAAACUGAGCAGUGGAAUGAACAUCGGCUCGUAGCUGUCAAGUGGCUCGCGCCUGGGGCACCAGAAAACACGAGGGCUGAGUUUGAGCGCGAGACUGAAGUAUUGGCUAGGCUGCGCGACCCCAACCUGGCCAGGGUGCUCGGAGCGUGUCUUGCGGAAGAGCCUUAUUGCGUGGUGCUCGAAUAUAGCGAUUUUGGCGACCUGAACCAAUUUCUGCAAGAUCACAUUUCAGAAACAACCACCCCCGUGCCUGCCAGAGCCAAAACAUUGAGUUAUGGCAGUUUGAUAUACAUGGCCACCCAAAUAGCCUCUGGCAUGAAGUUCCUCGAGUCGCUCAACUUCGUGCACCGCGACCUGGCCACCAGAAAUUGUCUGGUCGGUCCAGGCUACUCAACAAAAAUAUCUGACCUGGGCUCUGGGCGCAUCCUUUACUCAUCAGAUUAUGUCUCUUUAGAAGGCCAGCAACCUUUGCCUCUCAGGUGGAUGGCGUGGGAAAGCGUUUUGCUGGGCAAAUUUUCAAGUAAAAGUGAUGUCUGGUCAUUUGCCGUGACCCUUUGGGAGAUUUUAACCUUUGCAAGGGAGCAACCCUUUGAGGAGCUCAGCGACGCCAAGGUGCUGGAGAACUUGGCGCACAUCUGUGAUGACGAUGGCCAUCAGGAAUAUCUGGAGCAGCCUAAAAACUGCCCCAAGGAGAUUUUCGACCUGAUGACUGAAUGUUGGCAAACCUCGGCUGCUGCAAGGCCUAACUUUAGAGAGAUCCACCUGUUCCUGCAGCGCAAGAACCUCGGCUACAAACCCAACAGCCCGACUUCCAAGGGCUGAUCAACAGUGUCCUUUUCUGCUUGUGCUCUUCUUGAUGGGCAGCAGCGUUUUUGAUCUCGACUGUGCAAAAAACUGCUUUAGUCUCCUAGAAUGUGGCAAUGAACUGCAAUUUGUAAAUAAAAAAAGCAUUGGAUUUAAGUGCCGUGGAAUUGGGAAAAAAGCCUACUUGGCCAAUGUUAAAUGAUUAAAGCUCACGUAAUUUGAUAAUCUGAGAGGAUGAUUGGUGAAAUUUUGAUCCUUUUUUUUUAAAUCAAAGAUAUUUAUUAACAAAAAUUUAAUAUUUCCCAUUUUCUUUUUGCUAACCUUAUAAGCUGUGGGCAAUAAUAUGAGAGUUCUCAAAUUCAUCUGGAGCUCUCUAUAAGUUUAGACUGCAAUAAUUAUAUUAUUUAUGUGACUGCUGACGCAUAUUAAAAUAUUUUAUAAUGUUCAAUGUUGAAAAAAAUAUUAUUUGUUGAUAAAGCAUUUAAAAAAGCCACCAGUGAAGAAUGUCUGGGCUUUAAUCAAAAAACAAAUUUGUUGGGGCAGAUUUUUUUAUGUUUACUGUAAAAUCAAUCAUGACGCACCUUUUUUCCUAUUAAAAAAAAAUCACCACACACUCCUGUCGCCAGUCAUAUCAAUUAAGGCAACUUUGUGAUUGAUUAUAAAUUAAUUAAUAAAUCUUUCAAUUGUUAUGAAUGUUGGUUUUAUAAGCCGAGUGAGUGAAUAUCAAUUAGUUUUUUUUAACACCAUUCAGGCAGAGUUCAUCAGUAAAUGGACCAUAUUAAUUAAUUAUACCUAACAAGUGAAAGUGAGCUGAUUGUUGUCACCUCUUGAUGCAAUUUACGACCAUCUUACAUAAAGUAAAUCACACAAUAAAAAGAAAAGCAUGUAGUAAA